CAGUUUGAGGUUGCAUUGGAACAGGUUGCCCACGUGGUAACUGUCAGUUUGUUUACAGCCUAGAAAUGGAGACAAAAUGGAUAAGUGUCGUCCCCAAAUUGAGCGAUUUCGUUUUAGAAACCUUGGAUCGACUGGGAUUCACAACAAUGACCCCUGUCCAGGCGACAGUCAUCCCGCUGCUAUUAGGUAACAAGGAUGUCGCUGCAGAAGCAGUCACCGGCAGUGGUAAGACCCUCGCUUUUAUAAUCCCUUUGCUGGAACGGAUGCACAGGAGGGCAGAAGCCUGGAAGAAUUUCGAGAUAGGCGGUCUGAUAGUCUCCCCUACCCGUGAGCUAGCCCAGCAGAUCAGCCGGGUGCUGAACGACUUUUUAAAAAACAUGACAAACCCUUACAAACAGGCGUUGAUCAUAGGUGGAACGAAGGUCACCGAUGAUAUAGAAAAGUUGAAGAAAGACGGUGUCAACAUUAUAAUCGCGACACCAGGUCGGUUGGAAGAUCUGCUCACCCGAGGCGACAUCCCACUGCACAUAGCUCUAAAAUCAAUAGAGAUGUUGGUUUUAGACGAGGCCGACAGACUUCUCGAACUCGGGUUUGAGAAGUCUCUCAACACAAUACUAUCUUAUUUGCCAAAGCAGAGAAGAACGAGCCUUUUUUCUGCGACACAGACAAGGCGACUUGAACUUCUAGUACGAGCCGGUUUAAGAAACCCUGUUAUAGUCUCGGUAAAACAGUCUUCACAGAAAAUAUCUACACCGAAGGAGCUGAUAAAUUUUUACAAAAUAAUACCACCUAAAGAGAAGUUAUCGUUUUUAUUGUCGUUUCUUAAAGAGCAAGGAAAGAAUCAAAAAUACAUAAUCUUCUUUUUGACCUGCGCUUCUGUUGAAUAUUUCACGACUUUACUCAAAAGGCUACUUCCGAAGUUUACUUUCUUCGGACUACACGGCAAGAUGAAAAAGAAGAGGCAGAAAAUGCUCCAGGAGUUUCGAGAUGCUGAAUGCGGGAUCCUGGCUUGUACAGAUGUCAUGGAGAGGGGUAUCGACAUACCCGACGUACACUGGGUGGUCCAGUUCGACUUGCCAACUUCGGUUUCUGCUUUUGUCCACCGGUGCGGGCGGACAGCGCGUAUCGGUAAUGUCGGAAGCGCACUGUCCUUGUUGAUGCCGAAUGAGGAUGCGUACAUCGAUUUCAUCCAGAGGAACCAAAAAGUCCAGCUGGAGGUUUAUAAGGAUUUAGAUAGCAAAGACUUAGACAGGAUAAAAAAUUUAGCGCAGGAAAUGCAGAAAAGCGACAGGGCUUAUUUCGACAGAGCCAACCUUGCUUUUGUGUCAUACAUACGCGCUUAUGCAAAACACGAGUGUAAUUUUUUAUUAAGGGUCAAAGAUUUGGACUUCGCAGGCUUGGCUUCUUCCUACGGGCUGCUCCGAUUGCCGAAAAUGCCCGAGCUCAAGAACAGACAGGUCGAUUUCGAAGCGACAGAUUUAGACUUCAACACUAUUUCGUAUAAAGACAAGCAAAAGGAAAACUCGAGAAUCAACAAGCUUGAGAUCUACAAAGAGACGGGUGUCUGGCCGGGGGUCAAGGCGAAGAAGAUGAAACAGUCGACGCCAUGGUCGCAGACGAAAGAGAAAAAAGAAGAAGUUAAAGAGAAACGCAGGAAAAAGAGAGAACUCAGGAAGAAGAAAAUCGAAGAAGGCAAGACCAAAAAGAAAAGAAAGAGGAAAACGAUGACAGAAGAUAACUGGAAAGAAUUGGAAGAUAACAUCUCUUUUCUCAAGAAAAUGAAAAAGGACAAAAACUUCACUAUAGAAGAUAUAGAUUAGUGAAGUUCUAUGUGUUUUAUUUACUGUAUAUAAUGUAUUUACUGUAAAUAUAUAUUUUAUAUUCUCA